UAUGGUUGAAAUUUGUUUCUCUCUAUCGAGGGUUUUAGUUCGUUUUCUGUUGUACUUCGAUUUUUUAUUCAAACUUCUUGUCAGCACUCCUCAAGUUUAAACAUCUCGGCGAGGCUUGAAGUUUCAUUUCGCGCCAAACCAGAGAGAGAGAUCGUUGGAGACGAAAAUGGUUCAACUGUGUUUCGUUCUCGAUCUCCGAACCUUGGCACCGCCAUUGCUAGGAGACCUAAAGCAGUCGCUACUUCAACUCGCUAAUUUCUACGCCAUUUCGAAUUCGUCUUUGUCUUCGCGCAAAUCUGAUACUCUCAGUGAUAAGAUCGGUUUGUGUUACGUUGUGAAGAAUCGUUUAUCUUCUUCCGAUGAGUUGAUGAUUGCGUACCGUCCCGUGGGAAAUUUCAACCUACGCGAUUUCCAUCACGCUGUUAACAACCUGCCGUCAGAUGCCUUUCUGCCUGAUAUAGAUACCGUAUCCGAUGUAAUGAUUUCGGAUGUUUUAAGCGAACGAGUAUUGUACUCUUGGCAAGGUAAAGAUAUUGAGAGAAAAGUCAUAGUCAUAACUUCGAUCUUGCCUGAAGAUGUGAAUUUUGUAAUGCAAAAGAGCCUCACGGAUGCUGCAGAUAGAUGUGUUUCGGUUGAUUUUGCUGUAUUUCAGCCGAAGUCAAGCCAUCUGAUUGAUUCACGUGAAAACAUUAACAAUUUUCGCCGUUCCAUUUCUCAUCUCGAUAAUUGCUCAGUUCAGACCUACAUCACAGAUUUCAGAUCGUUCAACGGCCUGGUUAAAAGAUGGCUGCAGGUUUUGAAAGAUGACAUGGACAAGCCCCUGCUAGCACGUCUCAUUUUCAAGGACGAUCUUUUAGAUUCUGUGAACCAUAUAUUCUGCAACCUGCUUCCACCCGUCAAUCCAAUAACCAACAGCAUCAGUCAAUGUCAGACAUGUAGAUGCCAUGGCAUUCCUUUAGAUGAUGCUGGAAAAAAACUCAACAUGUUUUCCUGUUCAGUCACUGGCUCCAAUCUGGAAACAUGUGAUGUUAAUGAAAACUCUGUUUGUCUUGGGGGGAAAACUAUUCUGUUUCUUCCCUCAUUCCAUAAUUCCCUGAAGCUCCUGCCAAUUUAUUCUCCAAUCAACGUAACUGUUACUGAGAGGAUAAACUUGGCAUCUCUUGAUGAAGGUCUAAUAAUGGGGGCUUCAUUUGUUGUGACUCCAUCCCCUUAUCAUGUGAUUGAAACCAAUUCCGAUGAUACUGAUCAGUCAGACAUGAAUGCUCAACUUUUUCAAGGCCUUUCUAGCAUUCUACAUUCAAUGGACCAGGGUUUGAUAUGUUCUUCAAAUUGUGAUUUAGAAACAAUGACAGAGGCUCCUUAUCAUUGUUACUACAUUCUUCAGCCAUCAGAUAAUGGACCAAUGCUUAUGAGGCGCAUUGCUGGGGCAGAAGAAGUCAAACAAAGUCCUGACUAUCCAUUAAUUGAUCCAUCGGUCAAUAAGGAUGUAGAGAACUCUGUUCAAGCCUGUUUGCUAAAGAUUGAUCUAACAGACUAUGAUCCACUGUUACAUGAAAGAGGCUUUCAUCAAAAACUAAAUGUGCUUGUUAAAGAAAGCCUAAAAUUGGGGUCAGUAUUUCCCAAAAUGGACGGUGCAUUUUCUGAACUAAGCUCUACUCGACAACCUUCAUCAGAGGUGAUUGGGAGAGCAGAAUCAGCAACUAAUGUCAUUGGUGUGGAUGAGGGAACUUUGUCCAUGGAUAUUACGGACCAAGAUGACAGAACCAUGGCCUAUAUUACAGAAGAGUGGAAGCAAUUGGUUGUGAGCGAAGAGCCCAAGUUGUACUCUCCAUCUUGUAUCCCCAAAGCCAAGUUGGAUCAAUCAAGUAUAUCACCACGAAAUGGCAUUAGACAGCUAGACAAGGAAACUUCAAGGAUUUUGGAGAGAUUGGAGGUUCCAAGGCCAUCGAAAGGAAAGAAGGCCUCUCCUGUUUCAAAUGAAAGUUGUAUGAAAAAUAUAGCUGUGCCCACAAAGAAGCCUCUAAUACCAUUCCUGCCAACUCAAAAUACUGAACAAGUCAUAGUUGGCAGCCAGUUAAUGAAACCAAAUUUCCAGAGGCAGAAAAGAAAACAAAGAUGAAAAGAAUGCAACUCAACGUUUCAUGAAAACAAUUGUUCAAAGGUAGAAGUCUUAGUAAGGUGCAUAGUUCGUUGGUUGUCAUAAUACAUUGGAUGAAAACAAGCUCAUGAAGAAAACUCUUCAAUUCAACUAUAACAACUCCUUCCAAGUUUUAAUUGCAACAAUAAACUUUGGUUUUGUGGUAGAGCAAAACACUAUUGCAAUUCUGACUACCACAUCUUAGCUCCCUCUUCAUAAAUGUAUAUGCGAGAGUCGAUUUCUCAGGCAAUAUCUCAAUCUGUAUACCCAACUAACACACUCUAUCAUCAGAGCUAAGUUUCAAGUGACACUUUUCUCAUAAUUAUUGUCAU